ACUCCAGCCCCUCUCGCGCUCUCUCUAUCAGCCUUUCAUUCCGUCUCAAUAUGUCUCAAGAUGGCGGCCAAUGCGGGAUCGAUGUUUCAAUAUUGGAAACGCUUUGAUUUGAAGCAGCUCCAGAAAGAACUGGAUGCCACCGCCGCAGCCCUAGCCAACAGACAGGAUGAAAGUGAGCAGUCCAGGAAAAAACUCAUCGACCAAAGCCGCGAGUUCAAGAAGAACACUCCAGAGGAUUUGCGUAAACAGAUAGCUCCUUUGCUGAAGGGCUUCCAAGCAGAGAUCGACGCCUUGAGUAAAAGAAGUAAAGAAUCAGAGGCUGCUUUCCUCAGCGUGUACAAGAGAUUAAUCGAUGUCCCAGAUCCAGUCUCGGCUCUGGAGGCAGGUCAGCAACUCCAGGUGACUGUUCGGAAGAUGCACGACUUGGAGACAGAAAACCAGAGGCUCAAAGAUACACUACAAGAGUACGAACGAGAAAUUGCAGAGGUUAAAAACCAAGAAGUCACUAUUAAAGCACUUAAAGAGAAGCUGGAGCAGUAUGAGCAUUCUCUGCAGGCCAAGAACACAGAGGACGCUCCCGAUCAGAACCAGGACCCAUCAGGAAGAGAAGAGGGGGAAAGCAAAGGGGAAAACCUUCCUAACAACUAUGCAGACAAGGAGAGUCAGCCACAUCAGAGCCAGGACAGCAGGACAGAAGACUUGAACAUGAAAACGCAGUCCUUACAAACAGCACUUGAAGCAACUCAGGCAGAACUCCAUGAACUGAAGAUAAAAUACGAUGAAGAAUCCACAGCAAAGGCCAAUGAGAUUGAAGCGGUGAUGACAGAUUUGGAAAGAGCCAAUCAGAGGGCCGAGGCAGCAGAGAGGGAGGCUGUGAGCCUGAGGGAACAGCUCACUUCAGCUCAACCAUCCAAUCAGAUCCAGAAAGCACCAGAAAUGGACAAGACUCCGGAGGCGCUGUCUUGCAGCAAUUUAGAGGCAGAGCUUGGUGCGAAGGAGAGAGAGGUAGAGCGUUUGGCUGAGGAUGUUCAGAGACUUCAGGCCAGUCUGGCCCAGCUCAGCGAGACCUCCACCAAUCAGAUCAGCCAGCUCGAGCAGCAGCUGAGCUCCAAAGAGGCCCUAUUAAAGCAACUUGAAGAAAAGCUUCAAAAGCAGUCAGACUACGAGGAGAUCAAACGAGAACUCGGCAACCUGAAAUCAGUGGAGCACAACUCAUCAGAUCAUCACACUUCAGUACAGGACUCAUCCAAGCCAUUGGAGAUGUUGCUGACGGGGAAAGUCCAUAGCCAGCUGUCAGAGAGCGCUUUGAAACGACUGGCCAACAAUGACUUCAGCGGAUCAGUGCUGCGGAAAAGUAAAGAAACCACAGUGGAAAACCUUCAGCGUCUUCCUGCCACUCCAGUCCCUACCACACUCCAGGGGUCCCCUCCUCCCCCCUCCCCCCAGCUUUUGAUGAGGACGGGCACCGCUACCUCCGAAUCUGCUGCCAGUGCCAACGGUACCCACCCUUUCUCCCCCACGGGCAUCGGGCCAGACUUCUUUACCCCCGGCAUGGCCAGCGUGGGUGCCACGUUCCCCCCGUUGGCUGGCAAAAUGGCACUCAACUCUCUCCUUCAGAGGCAGCUCAUGCAAACCAUCUACACCAAAGCCCUCCACGACACUUCUCCAAGUUCUGUGCUCUUCGGGCCACCCCAUUACGCUACAACCAACUCUCUCUCCAGCCCCCUACCUCCGCAGUCAGCGGGCAGCCCGGAGGUUAACGGCCUGGCACCCUCUCCCAGCCAGUCGGAGGGUGCAGGCAGUACGUCAGAAGGGGAGGAAAUGGACACGGCUGAGAUCGCUCGACAGGUCAAGGAGCAGCUGAUCAAACACAACAUCGGCCAGCGUGUGUUCGGCCAUUAUGUGUUGGGUCUGUCCCAAGGCUCGGUUAGUGAGAUUCUGGCCCGGCCCAAACCCUGGAGCAAGUUGACUAUCCGUGGCAAAGAGCCCUUUCACAAGAUGAAGCACUUCCUGUCUGAUGAGCAGAACAUCCUGGCACUUAGGAGCAUCCAGGGCAGGCAGAGAGAGAACCCAGGCCAGAACCUGAACAGAGUGUUUCAGGAUGUUCCGAAGCGAAGAACCGGCUCGGAAGGCUCCACGCGGCCAGGUAACAUCACCACACGGAUCCGCACGCCUGAGACCGGCUCCGAUGAAGCCAUCAAGUCCAUCUUGGAACAGGCAAAGAGAGAGUUGCAAGUGCAGAAAGCAGACGGUGUGGGGGAGAGGCAUCGGCGAUCAGGUUACCACAGAGGGUCGGGCAGCUAUUUCCAAAUAUAUGCACACAGUCUAAGACUUGUUGAGAGUUCUCAGCCUCCGUCCUCCUCCAGCAGCUCCGACGAGAACAUUCGUUCCAUCCUUGAGCAGGCUCGGAGGGAGAUGGAGGCCCAGCAGGUGGCUCUGGAGCCUGUACUGAAGGCCAACUCUAUGGCCCCGACCGAUCUCUCGCUCCUGGGCUCCCCGCUCUCCACCCUCCCAUACACCCCUAUUGCUCAGUCUCUGAAGAAGCCCUCCACCUCUCCUCUCUUGGACUUCCACAGUGGAGUGAAGAAGGAGAUGGGUGAGGUGGCCGUCUCAGAUGUGGGGGUGGAUGGUGUGCCCAAGCUCGGACGUCUCUCUGAGAGUGGAGGAGGUUUAGGUGGGGGUUCUUGGAGGGAGCACUGGUGGAGCACAGGUCUCUCUGAGCGUCGCGGAACUGGGCAGCCCUCUGUUAGUGAAGAUGCACACAGCCAAGAGGAUAGCAAGGAGAAGCUCCCUCGGCUGGGCAGCACUGCGCCCGUGGCUCCUGCUUCCUCUCUGGAUUACUGGAAAGACUGGCCAAGCUCAGAGUCCCCAUACUCUCAGAGCUCAGAGCUGAGUCUGCAGAUGCCCAGCGGCAGCGAGACCCCUCAGAGCAGUCCACUGCCAUCCUCCUCGCCUUUACUGUCCCUCCCCAAAGUCGCCAAACCUGUGGUGCCCCCGCUUACACCUGAGCAGUACGAGUACUACAUGUACCAGGAAGUGGACACUGUCGAUCUCACACAGCAGGUCAAAGACAAACUAGCCAAGAAUGGCAUCUGCCAGCGAAUCUUUGGCGAGAAGGUGCUAGGCCUCUCUCAGGGGAGCGUGAGCGACAUGCUCUCUCGGCCAAAGCACUGGAGCAAGCUCACACAGAAAGGGAGAGAACCGUUUAUACGCAUGCAGUUAUGGCUGAACGGAGAGCUGGGCCAGGCACUGCUGCCAAUGCCUGGACAGACACAAGAGAUUACUCCGAAGACCUCAGCCAGCUGCAGUCCUGCCCCAGAAUCCCCUCUGAGUUCGGCUGAAGAGUCGGUUAAAAGCCAGCAGGAGGAGCAGAUGUGCCAAGCGUCCAUCCAGGAGCCCAGCGAAACUUCCGAGUCCCAGCCCGGCACACCUCUACCGUUACCUCUGCCGGGACACGCGGGUCUCAGCAUACAAGAGAUGGUAGCAAUGUCGCCCGAGUUGGACACCUACGCCAUCACUAAGAAAGUGAAAGAAGUUCUAACAGAUAACAACCUUGGCCAGCGUCUGUUUGGCGAGAGCAUCUUGGGUUUGACGCAGGGCUCCGUGUCUGAUCUGCUGGCCCGGCCCAAGCCCUGGCACAAGCUCAGCCUGAAGGGCCGAGAGCCGUUCGUACGCAUGCAGCUGUGGCUAAACGACCCGCGGAACGUGGAGAAGCUCAUGGACAUGAAGCGCAUGGAAAAGAAAGCCUACAUGAAGAGGCGCCACAGCUCCAUUGGUGAGAGUCAUUUGCUGGAGAGUGGUCUAUCAGGAAGUGACCUCACUCAGAGCGCCAGCCCCCAAAACCCCUCCCAGCAGCAGCAGCAGCAGCAACAACAGCAGCAUCAGCCCCAUCUGAAGAAACCCCGUGUGGUGCUGGCUCCAGAAGAGAAGGAAGCUCUGAAGAGAGCCUACCAGCAGAAGCCUUACCCCUCCCCUAAAACCAUUGAGGAGUUAGCGAGCCAGCUCAACCUCAAAACCAGCACAGUCAUCAACUGGUUCCACAACUACAGUCUCGUUCGUGGUUCCCACAGAUCCCGUAUCCGACGAGAGCUCUUUAUAGAAGAGAUUCAGGCGGCGGCCGGCGAAGGUGGGUCCCCCUCGGCGCGGCCCGGGAAGUCUGGGGGCGAAGGAGACAACAGCUGCGAUGGCACCGAGUCUGACAGCACUGCAGAGGGCCGACCGAGUGGCUCAGAGGAGCGCAGGGGCCUCCUGGAGAGCCCCAACCUCAGCCACAGAGACGAAGAGGGCGAGGCCGAGUUCCCCAGCGCCUCGGGCACCAGCAGGCCACGAGGAGGCAUCAUAGACAGCCUUUUCGGCAUCCCCGAGUCUGUAUCCACCGCCACUGCCACAGCGACCCCCUGCCGAAACCCAAAGGACAGCAGUCUGCGCAAGAAGAAAGCAGCCAACCUCAACAACAUCAUCCACAGGCUGGAGAAAGCGGCAAACCGCGACGAGCCUCACGAAUGGGAGUUCUGAGGCACCGCCAUGUUGUUGUUUUAUUCUCACCUUGUCCCUCACUGAGCUAACCCGGCCAAACCUGGUGCACACACAACACCGGUUAACCCAAGGGGUUUCGAUUUGCUGUUUAGAAGUGGGCUAUCAGAGACAAGAACAAGAAAAGGAAACAAGUUUUUAGUCUGUUUAUUUUGUGAAGCACUUAGCGGCCCUGCUGGCCACAGGGCUGUGACACCAUUGGCUAAUGGUGAAGACACAAAACUGAAAAGCACAGGAGAGGGAGCGUUCCCACUAAAUAUUCUCAAGACUGGUGACAGUCACAAAAAAAAACCCAACAACAAAUACACACUAUGAAAUCACAGUGUCUCUGUUUCUAAUAGAGACGUUCUCACCAACAAGCUGAAUAACUGUUACAAUAAUUUAUCAGUUCUCAAGGCUCUUGGGAGUUUCCUCUUUUGUAUCACGUACGCUUCGGCCGUCAGCAGAGACUAGUUCGAACCGGUUUCAAACCAAAAGCCAAGCAUUUAAAAGCAAGUGUUGGCUGAAGGAACACGGGUUCACCGUCCCACCUGCCUCUCCCUCCCUACCCCAGAGGAGGCCAUCCAAUGGCUAUGCAACUCUAGUACGCAAUGGAUUCCAGUGUAAUGGAACCCGCAUUAUUUUCACAGUUCGGAAGCUUCUCCGAUGUGAGAAGAAAAUCCUUUUUAUAGCAAUUAAGUUGCCAUCGAGAGAUUGCACAGUCAGUUGACUCUAAACAGCACUCCUUUUGAUUUUACACGCCAACGGCCUAAAAGAGAAAAAAAUCACGCGAAUGAAAAAUAAUCGUCGUAAAGAAUCCAUGAUCACGCAAAAAUUCAUACUGUUGUUGUAAGUUUGACACGAAUGGGAGACGGGAGUAAUUUCGUAACCCGAUAGCUAAGUGUCAAUUUUUAUCGUUAUUUAGGUCUCUUGUAAGGGUAGCGCUCGUUAAUUUUUUUCCAUAGCUUUAAUU